AUGGUGGGGGUGCCAGGCAAGUCGAAAGGGUGCAACACCUGUAGGAAACGCAAGAUAGCAUGUGGUCUCCAAACGCCAGCAUGUAUUCAGUGCAUCAAGUCAAAGCGGGUCUGUACUGGGUACCAACGCGAAAAGCUGUUUGUGCUCGUUCAGCCGGGAGAAAAGAACAGGAAGAAGAAACGAGUUGUCCUUCGGGGCCAAGGUGAAGAUGAUGACAAAAGCCCACCAUCAUCAGGAAGCGAGCUCCAAACUACUCCUAGGGCUGAAACCGAAAUAAUUGUCUCCCCGGAGAUCACUACGAUAUCCAAAUCUAUAGACCGGCAGAUGAUUCUGAACAGCUUUCUGGCGCAGUUCACCCCUGUCUCACGCACUCAACGAUUGAGAGGGACUACCCCUUGGAUUUCGAUGAUGGCAGGGAUCCCCAUCGAUCAAAGUCGGGCACUCGAAGCGUCGAUGUUCGCCCUGUCGGCCGCGGCGCUAGGUCGCUCAUGUCAAGACCGGGCCAUGGUGGUCGAAAGCUUGGCGUUAUACAACAAAGGUCUCAACGAGCUCCAAAAGGCACUUUACGACCCUUCAACAAUGUAUUCGGAUGAGACCCUGGCCGCCUGUCUUGCUCUGGGAAUGUACGAGGUGAUGGAGUGUCCUGCCAACGGGAGACAUGGAUAUGAAAGCCAUUGUCGGGGUAUAUUGUCUCUUGUCCAGAAUCGGGGUGUGAAUGCACAUACUUCUCCGCUGGGACUCCAACUCUUCUUGGCUGCACGUGGUCAGGGGAUCCUUUACUCGAUACAAUAUCAUGCACCCACUUUCCUCGCAAGUACUGCAUGGAUGGAGAUCCCAUGGAUGCACUCCAAAAAGGAGCCGAUCGACCGCAUCAUGGACUGUCUAGCAGUGGCGCCUCGCAUUCUCCAACGGACCGAUGCAUUUCCGCGACUUGGUCCUGCAGAGCAAGCCAAUCUUGCAUACGAUAUCUGCCUCGAGUGCUGGCAACUCGACAGGACGCUGCAGGAAAUCUACGAUGAUCUUACGUCCAACACUUCCUCCCCGCUGUUCUGGCCGGAACCAUCCCGAGAUCAACUACUUGAUCACGAUGACAACACAAAUAGGUUAUUUCCCGUUGCAUUCAAUUUUCCCGAUCUGCGAAUAGCCAGCACUCUGAUGAUCUUCUGGGCGACGCGUCUCAUGCUGUGGUCGGGACUCUGCAAUCUCUACCAACUGAUCAACGCUGUGGACCCUAGCAUGAUCUACAAGACUGCCACAGGCGACGAAAAACUUACAGACAAUAGUGGCCCCUGUCUCACCCAACUGGGGUACAGUUCCAACUAUCUUUCCCUAGCUCGCAAUGUCUGCCAGUCAGUCGAAUACUGUCUGCAGGAGGAAAUGCGGGUCUGGGGCUUAUUCACCGUCUCUACCGGCCUGGGAAUCGUCCUUGGAACAGUCCAAAAUGACCCACAGUGCCGCCGCGAGGUCCACUGGAUCCAGGCUAUGCUGGGCAAGAUCCAAGCCAGGGGGCUCCGGAUCUGGCAGCACGGCAUUUCCGACUGUGCCUGA